AUGAAAAAUCGUCCAAUAAAAGGACAGCAAAUAUAUACCAUCGAGCACGAAAAAUCUUCAAGAGAUGGGUUGUUAAAGAGAGAUUUCAGGUUAUGUGUGACUUUUGAAGCAGAUCUGGAGUGAGAGCUGACGUGUAAUAAGAUUUAGAAGUUCCACGACUUUCGGAUCUUUCAUUGCGUUUACAUUUAGUUAUGAAAAGUGUUUUCACUCAAUAAUUUGCGACUCAAACCAAUUCUGGAUUGGUAACGCCACAUGGAAAUUGAGAAAGGUGUUUCGUUUAAUAAUCUCCUAUAGCCGAUGAUUUCUUCCUCCGAUCGUAAAGAGACAACGAGAGUGCAGUAACAAUGUUAGAGAGCAAACUAAAUAAAUAAUUACAAAAACAGGGAAUUUCUUCCUUUUUUCCAAGUCCAAGGUAUAGAUCCAUGAUUACCCUACAUGUACGCUGUGGCUCGCAGUAAAAGAUGCCAUUUCAUUGGAUGAAUCAGUGACAAAACAAACACUACAGCCAAUGGCAUUGCUCGUUGGAACAUAGGUACAAUGUUCUCUAAACUUGUUUCUACGAGCAUAGAAUGAUUCAUGACUAUCACAAAAUAGUCGGAAACAAAGACAAGACAAGAAUUUUAAGGCUGAAAAACGAACAGAGUAGGUUUUUAUAUUUUUACUUAACCAUGGAUUCUUCAAAAGUUACGUUACGUAUUAAUCACAAUUUUCCUAUUUCUCUGCAGUCCAUUGAGUUGUCUACUGAGACACUGUGGGUGGUGGAAAUCUUAGAGGUAAGUUGAAUGCCUCAUAAUAAACCGUGUCAGUGUGAAGUUUUGAAGAACAUCUCCGUCGACUUUUUUAGAAAAUGUUUUAGAAAUAAACUCGUCAAAAGGCGAAUAUUUUAAGAAUCGUUUUCGUCUAAAACUUAUUAAUCCUCCCAAAAUUAAGCCUCUCGCGAUCUGAUUAUAAUUUAGCCUCUCGUUGUAUUAGGGUCACUCUCGAGAGUGAAAUCAGUUAAAAUUCUUUCACUUAAACAGUGCUUACACACUUUACAGAGAAUUUUUUUUUCAGAUUUUUCAAAUGUUUUAAAGCUAGCUACCGUAUGUUAAUCAGUUAACAUAUGAUGGUCAGUCCAACAAAAGAGCACGUUGCAGUAGUUUUGAAUUUGUACAAAAAAUCCAGUCAAGGGUAUUUUCCAGAACUGACUGAGCUACUUCAAGGAAUCAAAAGCGUCAGAGAUAAGAUUAAGGGAAAAAAACCGAGGAUAUCUUUUGAGAAUUUCACUGUCUGUGUCAGUUGGGCCCCUCUACACAAGAACCUGUCAUUUAUGUACUAAGAACCUGUUUAGGCUAAACUGGGAAAAUGCAGCUUCUUUAGUCGCAGUUUUUACUGAAUAGCCUCUAAAGAUUCUUAAGAACAAUUACACUGAUAAAUAUUUUGAAUGGCAGAUUUGUCGCAUGCAAAAUUUUCAAAAAAUUACAUGUGCAGAUAUUAAUAAGAACGAUUGUCUUCAUGGCUCGUUAAAUUAACACGUCAGUGUCCUUCAAACUUGGUUCAACUUGUAUCACAAAGGAAGUUUAAAACAGUUCUGGCCUGUUUACAAAAUAAUUGCUUAACGUCAUGGAGCCUUCCAACUCGUUUUAACUUGCAACUUAAAUAAAACAAAAGGAGUGCAUGACUUCUUUCAGUUGAGGGUCAGUUAAGACUGACUGAUUUACAUUUAACCAAUAGGAAUACUUUUAGUAACUUCCAUUUAACAAUCUUUCAAACUUGUCUAAAACACGUUUUUAUGUAAAAUUGGUCAAAAUAGGACAUAAAAACCUUCGUCCUGUCAAAAAAAUUAUCAUCCCUCUUCGGAUCACUACAGUCAUACAUACAAGCAAGGUAGGACUUGAGUCAAAGUUUCCAACAGUAAAAUCUUUCAUAUCAAACUAAUAUACUUAGUUUAAUUGAACGAUUGCUUGGAGCUCUUUUCAGUCUGGUUUCAAUUUGAACUGUUUAUUUUCACAAAAGAUUAAAUGUAAGGCUCUCUGCUACGAGCCUUGUUUUUGUUGUGUGUUUUUUUUUUGUUUGAAUAUUGCUUAGCAGUCGCUAACGUUCUAUCAUAAGCGCUAAAAUCUUAAGCGAGCGUUUCAACAUAAUGUCGAAGAGUUUUAAGCGUCCGUGUAAGUCAGACAUAUAAUUGCAAGGACAUGGUAAUGUUCUCAAGUAAUGCAAAAGGACGGCCUGAAAUUGAUGAAUGAAACUGAUUUUUUUUUCUCUCCAAAACAAAUAAUGACUUCGCCACAGAUCAUCAAUUCGCGUUGCUUGUUAUCCGCAUUUUGAAAAAAAAAAUGUUAGCAAAUCAUUGAAAACGAUGCUUUUUUAAAGAAUAUUUGGCUAUGAUUUUGAGCGUUUUCCUGUUUUCACAGGUUUCCUCAUCAUGCAAACCGUUAUGAAGAUACUGCUGGCUACUGUGUUAUGUGUGCUGCUCUUACUGCUGGUUACCUUGUGUUCUGCAAAUGACAACAACAGCAGCAAACCACGUGACAAGGUGUGUUUUUAAACAAACAUUGAAAUAUAUAGCUUUAAUAUAUGAGAAGUGAAGUUCAGUUGAUCCUUCUUGAACUAUUUAACCUGAAAGAACUUAGUGAGGUAGAAUGAAUGAACGGUGAUUUUUUUAUGUAAGGAUGCUUGACUGACGUUGAUUGAUUGACUUAAUCGAGUGAUCAUAAAUUAAAACGGAAUGAAUUUUUAAUUUUCUAUUUAGAGUAUUCCACAACAGACUUCACCUUAUGGUUCCUGUGGUUAUGGUGGGUGUUUCUGUGCACCAGGAAUUCCAGGCAUCCCAGGAAGCCCCGGACCCGCGGGACCAGCAGGUACCGCGGGAUCACCCGGCAAUCAUGGACCUGAAGGACCCAUGGGCCCACGAGGAAAGAAAGGCGAUGAAGGAGCCCGUGGAAGACUGGGACCACCAGGCGUCAAAGGAGUUAAAGGACCUGCAGGCCCAGCAGGUCCACGUGGGGACAGAGGUGAAGCAGGUUCAGCUGGUUCCCCUGGAAACAAGGGUGAUACAGGUGCUCGUGGAAAGCAAGGUCCCCCUGGCCCCAAGGGACCUCAAGGACCGUCAGGUUCAGCUGGUUCCCAUGGAAACAAGGGUGAUACAGGUGCUCGUGGAAGUCAAGGUCCCCCAGGUCCCAAGGGUGCUUCAGGAUCGUUUGGUCGUAAUUGGAAACAAUGCGUAUUUAAGAAGGAAGAUGGAAGGGACUCCGGAUUGAUAAAGGUAACAACUGAGUUGGUCGUUCUAGAUUAUAAAAAUCGAUUCGAAGCAAAUUAAUAAGUCCGGUUAAUAAGUCCGAUUUAAAAACUCAUCAAUAAUUCGUAAAGAAAAAAGAAAAGAAAUUAAUUUUUAAUGAGUGUCUUUAUAUCUGAUAAAGACAAGGCUAAACUUUACGUCCAAUUUUAUUAGACCAAAAUAACCCCAAAUCUAAAUAUUAGUGCAAGAGUGAGUUGAUCUAUAAAAGAGAUUUUGAAGUCGUUCAGAAAACUCGCGGUCAUGUUUUUUCAGGUUUAAAAACUUGAGGCAAGUCAUUUGAGAAAGAAAAAUGCGUGUUUCGGAACUUGUGCGAGCUAUCCAUGGAAUGAUACAAAAUGCAGGGAAAAAUUUCAAUUUAUCAGUUUAAGAUAUACUUAUGUUUUUGUCUGAAUUUGAGUGAAAUUCGCAGGGGCGUAGAACCCUCAACGCAAAUACGCACGUGCGUACUUGAGAAAUUGGUAGGAUUUUUUAAAGAUUUUCUGUCAUAAGUAAAAGCCAUUUGUAGCGUCGUGACUUGACUUUGUAUUGUGUAGAUUUGUUCCUGUCUGCUCGCUGUUGUUACGCAUCGUUUUUACACCUAAAAUACAAUAGUUUGACUUCUCUAGUGGAUUGUGUUAAAUUCGAAACGUUCUUGAAAUGUUUGCCUUCAGGCGAUCCCACAAUACAUUGCGUGUUCAUGGAAAACGGAAAAGAAUUUCGGUUCACCUCGCUGAUCUUUCUUCUUUUGGCCAUUUUAAAGGAGUGCAUUUUCAAGAAAGCAUCAGCCACUACUGGAUUGCGCGUCUUUUGGAGUGGCACUCUUCGUCUCUACAACUGCCACGCAUGCUGCAGAAGAUGGUAUUUCACUUUCAAUGGUGCAGAGUGUUCAACACCAGGUUCCAUUGAGGGUGUAGUCUACAUGGUACAUGGACAUGGCGCGAAAAAGGACUUACACCGUGUACGUCACAUUGAAGGAGUCUGUGAGAAAAUCCACAAGGGUACUGUUCGCGUGGGAUUCUGGGUCGGUAAUUGUGCUGGUUACGGAUCUGCUGAUGCAGAUACAGGUUGGAACUCAGUGUCCCGGAUAUACGUGGAAGAAGUACCUCCCCCACAGGCUUAA